AGAAAGAAAACCCAGCGUGUAAUUGAUGUUAUCCCAAGAAAGCGCGAUCUCCACCCCGCUCAGCUCCAAGCCCUUCAGGUAUAAGGAGGUAAAAAAAAAUCUUUCAAGAAUUUGUUGCCUUUUUGAGGGUUAAAACAUCAGAAGACAAGCUUGUCUCGCCUUGGCCAAUCAGCUCGCGGCCCUGGCAGCUAUAAUAUAGAACUAAAGGCAGACUCCUCUCACAAGCGUCUUGCUUUGCUACCAUUAAAAUCAGACCCUUUUUUUGUCUCUCGAUUGCUGUCUCCCGACCAAACUCCGAUGUGUUCCGUUAUCAGCGACCUAAAGCCUGCCAUUCCAGCACCUGUCUUGCUAGGGAUCGGUGGAUAGUAUACGAUUCAGAAAGCAGACAAGGACAUAGAGGAGGCGAGAGAGCUCUAGAGAGACAGCCAGGGAUAGGCACAGAGAGCUUUGAAGUAAUUGGAUUCAAUGGACGAAAUGCUGCUGUUGACAAGAAUUCUCUUGGUGGGCUUCAUCUGCGCUCUUUUAGUCUCCUCUGGGCUGACUUGUGGACCAGGCAGGGGCAUUGGAAAAAGGAGACACCCCAAAAAGCUGACCCCUUUAGCCUAUAAGCAGUUUAUUCCCAAUGUGGCAGAGAAGACCCUAGGGGCCAGUGGAAGAUAUGAAGGGAAGAUCACAAGAAACUCCGAGAGAUUUAAAGAACUAACCCCAAAUUACAACCCUGACAUUAUUUUUAAGGAUGAAGAGAACACGGGAGCUGACAGACUGAUGACUCAGCGCUGCAAGGACAAGCUGAACGCCCUGGCGAUCUCGGUGAUGAAUCAGUGGCCCGGGGUAAAGCUGCGGGUGACAGAGGGCUGGGACGAGGACGGCCACCACUCCGAAGAGUCCCUGCACUACGAGGGCCGCGCCGUGGACAUCACCACCUCGGACCGGGACCGCAGCAAGUACGGCAUGCUGGCCCGCCUGGCCGUCGAAGCCGGCUUCGAUUGGGUCUACUACGAGUCCAAGGCGCACAUCCACUGCUCCGUCAAAGCAGAAAACUCGGUGGCAGCCAAAUCUGGGGGCUGCUUCCCUGGUUCGGCCACGGUGCACCUGGAGCAAGGCGGCACCAAGCUGGUGAAGGACCUGAGCCCUGGGGACCGUGUGCUUGUUGCUGAUGCAGAGGGACGGCUGCUCUACAGCGACUUCCUCGCCUUCCUCGACCGGGAGGACGGGUCUCACAAGCUCUUCUAUGUCAUUGAGACAAGGCAGCCCCGGGCCCGGCUGCUGCUGACGGCUGCCCACCUCCUCUUCGUGGCCCCCCAACAUAACCAGUCGCAGGCAGGGACCCUCAGCAGCCAGGCGCUCUUUGCCAGCCGUGUACGACCUGGCCAACGAGUCUAUGUGUUGGGAGAGGGAGGGCAGCACCUCCUGCCAGCGGCCGUGCACAGCGUCUCACUGCGAGAGGAAGCUUCGGGAGCAUAUGCCCCGCUCACUGCCCAGGGCACCAUCCUCAUCAACCGGGUGCUGGCCUCCUGCUAUGCCGUCAUUGAGGAGCACAGCUGGGCACACUGGGCCUUCGCUCCCUUCCGUCUGCUCCAGGGGAUGCUGGCCACCCUCUGCCCUUCCAGCGGGGGGCCCCCCACGGAUGCCCCGACCUCCCCUGGCAUCCACUGGUACUCUCGCCUCCUCUACCGCAUUGGCAGCUGGGUGCUGGAUAGUGACUCUCUGCACCCGCUGGGCAUGGUGGUGCCGUCCAGCUGAGAGCAUCCUGUGCUGCCCCGGCCGCCAGUCAGCCUCCGAGGGAGAGACAGAGACACACAGGGAGAGAGAGAGAGAAAGAAAAAGGAGGAAAAAAGGAAAAAAAAAAAAAAGGAAAAAAAAAGAAAAGAAAAACCUAAAAAAAAAAAGAAAAAAGAAAAAAUUACAUAUUUUUAAAAGAGCACGGAUUAAGACUUAAAAAUAAUAAUAAUAAAAUAAUAAUAAUUAAGUAGGACAGUCCAAAGUAGACUUUAAGGGAAACAAAGACCCCAGGAAGUUCUGUUCUGUUUAGUUUAUAAAUAUAUAUAUAUUUUUAUUUGUUCUUUUGUUUUGUUGUUUUGUUUGUUGGUUUUUUUUGUUGUUGUUGGUUUUGUUUAUUAUUUUUUUUUCCUCCUCUCCUGGAUAUUUAUUUCUUUGGUAUUUUGAAUAGAUGUUUUAAAUGAUAUGAACCGGACCUUCAAGAGCCUUAAAUAGUUUCUUUGAUAAUUUAUUAUCAUGUGAACUGUACUCAUAGGGGAAAAGAUUAUUUUGUGAGGCCAAGCAAAACUGCGCAGAGUCUAUUUUUCUACAUGUCAUGUGUGUCCUGACUUUCAGAAAGCAAAGUUCUGUACGUUCCCAUCUCUCCAUUCCAUUGCUCCUUCAUUUCAGCAAGCCUAAAAAACAAGCAAGCAAAGAAACAAACACACCGAAAAAGACAAACUUCAUGGGGGUCCGUAAAUUAUAUUUUUAUACACAGAAUUGUAAAUUAGAUUUUUUUGAGAGAUCAAUACUUAACUGAAUCACAUUUCAUUUUUUGAAAUAGUGUAAAAUAUUGAGAAUAUAUUAUUUUAAUUUAAAUAGCUUCAAAUGUAACGUCAUUACCUGUAUUGUUUUCCAUGUUUUGCUUUGUAAAAAAAACACCAUUUGGCCACGUUCAUGGAAGUCAAGACUGUUACACCAACGUUUUAUUUGCAUAAAAAAAAAAAAACCAUAAGAAACUUUGUUAUUUUUAACUUCAAAAGAAAAAAAAAAAGUUUAUUAGAAAAUAAUAUUUUUUAAAAAGCGCACAUGGCGGCAAUUCCGUGACGAUGGAGACGAUAGUUUGUACAGAGGGGAGAAAAGGAUGUUUUGCAUUAAUAAAUUGAGAAAUAACUGCUGUAAAUUUACUAAAAUGUAUUUUUUGAAUAUUUUGUAAUAGUUUUAAUAGUUUUAUAGAAAUAAAAUGUGCCAUGCACAGUCUGGUUAGUAUAUAAUAACUAAGAGUUCCUGGUGCAUCCCAUUUUUUCCCCCCUUUUUGCUUAUUGGUUUAGGAAACUUUGCCUAAAGGAGUGCCCAUUAUUUUAUUUAGAUGUGUUUCUUAUAACUUUUAAUUUUGGUACUUUAAUUAAGGAAAUGAAUCCAUCACAUCUGCACGUAACCUGGAAUCUCUUGUACUAAUAGUAGAACCUCACUCAUUUGCACGAGCUACUGGGAGACGUGGUUUCCCUUCACUGGAGCCCUGGCUCCUUGUCCAUGCUUAGGGGAUGUUUCCCUCUUUCAGCUCCAGUUCCAGCUCUGUGUCCAUCUCCUGAUCUGGUCUGGAGACCACAGACAGCUCUGAAAAGUGAUUUAUGAGGGUGUUCUAUCACAUUCACCGUUUGAAGCGUGUUAAUCUGAAGUCAGGCUGCUGCCUUCAAUCUAAGGCAGCACCAGGAUUUUAAUCAGCUUUAAUUUGGGUGCUCAGAAGAUGGAAAUCUGGGGGAGAGACACUGCCUUUGAUGAAUUAACAAGGAUUCACGUGGCUGAUGCUGGAAGAAGGAGAUGGCCACUUGAUUUUACUGGCCAUAUUGCCUGAGUAAUGUUGCCAGGCUUGGAGCCACCAAGAAAAGAACAAACACCUUUUGCUAAACAAGAAAAAAAAGGGAUAAAAAUUGGUUCAUUUCUCAUGAGAGAUGUUCCUUAGUUGUGACACAUCAAAGUCCAUCCCGAGCCAUCGAUGGGUGAAGUAUUGGAGAUGUGUUCUAGGAUCCAAGUGGUGGGGCCAAUGAUGCAUCCCCUGGCUGGUCCCAGCCCCAAGCCCUACCAAGGGGCUCGUUCUCAAUGGGUGCCAAUGAGUGAGGUUCUGCUGCACCGUGUGCUCCUCCCCAGAGGGUUUCCAGGAUCCCUUUAACAAUUCUGCAAAACAUUGUGUGUGCGUGUGUGUGUGCAUCUGCGACAGGACCGUGCCGGAAGGGAGCUUUCCUUGAAUGUCUUCUCACCUUUUCUUCAGUUUCCAUUACUCGCUGGUGGAGGAUGUUCAUCCAUCGGGCAGCAUUUUGCGCCAGAGAUGCAGCCGUGUCCUCCGACACGAUAGACAGCAGCUCCACUGACCUCCUGGGAUGUCCCUGCCUGGGGCCUCCUCCAGAGAGCGUAGAGCAUGCUCUUCCAUGCUGAAAGCCUGGUAGCUUCUGGAGCAGUGCCUGGAGCUGGUGGCAGAGCCCCAGGCAUGAGCAUCCCCCGUGUCAAGCCCUAACAGAUGGAUGUGGUCUCUCCUUCCCAGCAGCUUCUAGUCCAGAGCCACUUCCAUCUCUGAAGCUCGGACAUGGCCAGGGUGGUGAGACUUCGGUGCAACCCCACCAUCAUGCAGCCGGGAUAGGAACCAAGCCACCCUAAUGCCCUCAUGGUAUAGGGCAUCAUGGGGGACUGUGUACUGCCUGGUGGGUGCUGGGGACCUGCUGCCUACCCCGGCUUGGACUCUUGACACCUCUGUGUUGUUGGGGUCUGCCUGUGUAACAGGGGCUGCAAACAUAGCUGGUUUGGGGCAUGUAAAAUUGUGAUUGUGGAACAAAUGAGUCUCUGCUGUAAGAGUAUGGUCUUCAUAUGGCAGUGUCUGAGCAUCUGAGCUCUUUUAGCUCUGUCUCUGAAUGGUGGCUGACAUUUUGUAAAUCCUUUACACUCAAAAACAAGUGUUCUGGAGCCUACUUUCUCCAGAGGUCAGGUGGUGGAGGUGUUCAGGGAUAUCAGUGAUCAAACUUCAAGUCCUUGGCUUGGGGUCUUUGGUGUGAAUUGUAACUGAGAUGAAAAAGACCAUUAGACCAGAGACCACACUUGUCUCAGGGUAGAGUGCAUGCCUUGGUAGGGAACUGUGUCAGACACUGCUGUAUUUAAUCUUCACUGAAUGGCCAAGAUGAGCUCAGAGCUUUCUGGUGUGAGAGAAACUAAGAUGCUGUUUAAUACUAGGAUCGAUCUGUUUUACCAAGCAAAGAAAUGCUGUGCCGUGUUCUCCAUCACACGUAUUUCAAGUGACUGUAUGCCUGCCUCUCACCAUAUAUUUAUUACAUCUCUUCCCUCAGCGCCUCACAUCCAAAUCACCCCUCCGUGAUAUGCAUUAGAAGUGCUUCGUUAGAUGGACCAAUCCAGCUUAUAGUUACAGCUCUCAUAUGAAGGAUGUACUGUCAUGACAUUGUGCAAAACAUCUAGGAGAUGUCACUGUCCAUUUUCAGGGUCCAAGUAUGGCAAUAGUUUGUAUAAAAUGUACACAUAGUGGUGGCUACAGAAUAGUUUAUGACUAAAUACAUAUCUAUUACUGUUAAAAUAAUGUAUAAGAAUGUACUUGAAGCUAUUAUCCUUGUGCUCUGUUGUCUGAAUAAUUAAAGAAAUUACAGAGA